CUCCCGCUCGCGCUCCAUGGUCCCAGGCUAGGAAGCGGCCUGCAAAAGCCACGACUACUAGGUAGUUCUAAAUCUUUGGCUCUGGAGUCCCGGGGACGGGAUAAUGGCAGACGACUUUCCGCCUCGUGCGGAGACUCCAGUGAGCCCAUUGUACUCAGCCUUCCCUCUUCCAGCUUCGCGAGUGUCCAGUCUUCAAACACAACGACUAUCGAAUCGCAGCGAUGGACUCGCCAUGACAACCAUGACUUCGCAGAGCUCGCGGCGUCAAGCGAUGUCUCCCAGCCCUAGUAGCAUCUCCAUCUCCAGCUUCUCCACCUCUUCGGCAGUGCACCAACCCGCGACACCUACGAAUGUCUACCCUCCGCCCGCGUAUGUCGCCUCCUUUGGCGCAACGCAGGCGGUCAGCGAGAGAAAGCGCCGCUUCAGCGAUGACGAGGAUGAUUACGAUAGUACCGCCGCAAAGCCAGCGCGCGAAGAUGUGCACUUUUCCGUGGCUUCGCUUGCGCUCCUGAAUGGGUUUCUGGAUCAAUUGCUGUACAGCAUCUUGCUCCACGCGCGUUCCACGACUCUCACAGCGCUACGACCGGCCGUGACUGAAGUGCUCAGAUCUCGGCUAGCCAGCGAGGCCAUUGAAAGUGCCGAGGAGGAGCUUUCCGAACUGCUAGCUGGUGGCGCAGAAGAGGAGGAGGAAAUGAAUCAAAGGCAGAGCUCCUCGGAGCGUACGCGGAACUGGGACACUGAGCUUGUGUGGAAGCGUACGCGUCUGAGAGUCAUGGUGUACACUCGUCUGGGAGAAAUGGAGGACGAUAACGAAGAGCGCUAUGUACGCGAAGACGAGCUCUUUCAGACUGGCGAUCAUCGUUUUUCAUCCUCUGCAGGUCUGGUGCCCUGGGCUGCUGCCAUAUUCCUGACCUCCGUACUAGAGUAUGUGGCCGAACAGCUGCUUCAGGUCGCUGCACAGGCUGCUGACACCCGCGCACGACGUCUCGGUCGUCAUCCGCAUCUGACGAGAUCAGCUUCCGACUUGGUGACACCCGAGGACGGCGAUUAUCUGAUAGUGGAGGAGCAUGACAUGGACCGUCUAGCACUGCAUAAAUCCGCCGGCCGAUUGUGGCGCACGUGGAAAAAGACUCUACGCAGCACUGCCGUCGUAUCCCCCUUGUCUCCAGACCACACGAACGGCUUCGCCUCUCGCGGUGCGAGCAAAUAUCACAUCAAUGGUACUGCGAUGAGCCCUCCCGAGUCAGUGGAUGGGUCGCAACCUGCUUUCAGACUCCCGGAAGACGAUCGGGACGUCUCUGAAGGGACUGACGAAGACGAAAUUCGUUAUCCGGAGUAUAUUCUGGCAGCGAAUAUUCCUUUGCCGAUGGAGGACGAGCAGCGAGACAUUGACGAGAUUCAGUACGCUGAAGAUGUUCUGGCGGCCAACAUUCCACUUCCAAUGGAAGCCGGAAGACGAGAUAUCGAGGAAAUCCAGUACCCGGAAGAUAUUCUUGCAGCCACCAUUGCACUGCCGAUGAAAUCCGAAAAGCAGGAUAUUGACGAGAUCGAGGUACCUGGUUUGGCUGGGGACCCCGAGGCAGCUGACAAGCUCCAGCUUCCAGAAGUGCCACUACAUCGAAGAAGAAGUAGCUGGGCAGGCUUGGUGCCCCUCACAACUAACACCAGCAACGGUAAGACCGUACCGACGUCCAGAGAGGCUGGCAUGGCAUCUGCCCACACGCCUAUUCCCGAGCAGGUCCCAGAGCCUAGACGAAUGUCAUUGCGAAGAGCUCGCUCGUCUUCUUUGCCCAUGCUGCUGUGUGCGACGAAUGCACAUACCCGCGACGAACCGCAAGAGGUGACGGGAGCUGCAACUCGGCAGGUCCAGCCUGAGCGGAAAGUCAAUGCUACGGAAGGAGCUGGAGGCGCACCGAAUCGUGCGGCUGUACCAAAGAACGACGAUGUGGUGGCCGAUGCCCAUCAUAGUGCCGACAGCGCCGAGAAGACGCUACAGAACAGCGUAUCCAAAGCUGAGUCCGGGUCAGUGGCUCCUUAUGCAGCCGGUGUCGCGUCCGCCGCUACUGGUUUAGCACACAGGAUGCCGAGUGGGGAGCGUACCGAGGGCAAAGAGCAGCAUAUUGAGAAUAGCGAGGGGAUAGUGAAGAGCAGCGAGUCCGAAGCAACGGUGGAGCAGCCCAACACGCCGCUAGGCGAUGGGAGGGAGAGCCAGAAAGCCCUGAAGGAUCUGAUGUGUGGGAGCGUCCCCACUGGGCAGAUGCUCAAGCGCAGGUCAAUGGGGACGCUGCAGCUGCAGCUGGGGAGCGAGGAUGUCCCUCGAAUGGCGAAGCGAAUGUCGUUAACACAGGCCGUUCUGGUUCGUCGAGCGUCGUCGAAGGACCUCACGACGAGGCCUUGGGCCGGAGACAACACUGGCAGAGGCGACAUGCCGGCAGUCGACGCACCGCAAGGCAGUUUCUCAGAACCAUAUCAAUCACAAGGGAGCACAGAGGAGCGGAUUGCGAGAAUCGGUGUUGCGCGGGCAUCAGGCACGGUCGUGUCAACGCCUACGGAAGGAGAGCCUGCGGAGGGAUUAUAUCAUGCAAGGGAUGGCUUCACGCCUCGUCGGCAUUCUCGCGUCUUGCUCAGCGAUUCACCUGUGUCGUCGACGUCUUCGAACAAAUCCAGUCCGCCAAUGCAGCAAGAGGACGACGAUGCUACACCAACACUUAGUCCGGAGUCAUUCUUGCAAGGCCGAUCGCUUUCUGCGAAGAACAUGAGCCGGGUUCAGAAGCUCGGCCUCGACGUCUCACACUCUGCUCAUAAUCAAGCACGAUCUCCCGCACCAAUGUCGCCCAUCCGCGCCAGCGCGGCUGACAGUCUUGCGACUGUGCAAACACCAGUCAGUCCAGUCUCGGACAGGACACCUUCACCAUGGCGACAAUUGUCCACAGCAGCCAUCAAAGAUCCCAUGCAAUUGGCUCCGGUGUUGAAGAAGCCAUCGUCGUCGUCGGAGUCGAUGGGACCAGUGCAAGAACAUCCCGCUCUGCAGAAGAUGGCCACGAGGAGCCAGGCUUCACUCAAGGAGCCAGAAAGCUCACAACCACUAACCAGUGCAAGCAUUCGAGGGCCUGAGGACUUCGAGAUGUUUGUGCAAGGCGGCGACACAGUCAAGUACACACUCACACCUGAGAGCGUGAGGGGUGAUCCGUCACCCACCGAGGCCGUACCUUACCUGAAGACUACUCGUAGCGCCGAAAGGGUCGCUCCGUCUUCCACCAAACAGCCCUCAACUGAGGACACUCGACCAGGAAGAACCCAAACUGCGAAACAGGUCACUGCAGCGGAUGCAGAGGCAGGUGCUGCUCGUUCAUCGACCAGCAGCAAAGACAAAAGGAGGUCGGUCAGCCGACCUCCAAUAAGGAAUACCAGUACGCAUAGGAAGAGUGGUUUGAUGGCCCGUGAGCCACAAGUUCAGACAGAAUCUAUCAGAGACUUUGCAGACUUCAUCCGGUCGACUGGCCCAGACAAGGAACCAGAGAUCCGACCACUGCUUAGCCAUCGCUCGACCACAUCGCUAAAGGCUCUUCGAGACGCACACAGUAGUGGCGGCGGCUCACGUGCGCAAGCUCCUGGUCCGUCGCGUGCGAGAAGCAUGAGCAGAUCACAUAUCGAAGCUGAAGACCUUCCCCCUGUGCCGGCGGUGCCUCCAGUGCCCGGAUACAAUCGAAUCAGAAGCAACAUGCAGCCCCGAGUCCCCGUCCAGACUAGAGAGGAUGGGACUUCUGAGCUCAUCGACUUCAUCAGAACUGGGCCAACUUACUCAGACGCUGCUGGUGACGACAGACAGCACCGCAUCUCUCGAUCUGUAGCACCCUUCAGGACUACUAUGGACUCGGAGCAUAUGAUGGAUUGGGGCGAGAGAUACACAACGCAACCAGACCUCAGGAUCAACACCAACGUCGCAGACAUCAACCAGGAGCCGAGCGUGCGCAGUGCUCAGUCUUCCCAUAAUUCAUACCGGACUUCUGCGAACUCCCGUUCUGCGCUACUGAACCACAGUGCCAGUGGAGGCCAAGAAAAUGCACAGCCUGUAUACACGGAGCACCCAGUACGACUGACUUCGGUGAUGCCGAGAUCAGUACCGCAAGGCUAUUCAUCCCCGAGUGAUUCGAUGAAAAAGACCCGCGUACGAAACAAAGAUCCGUAUGCCAUCGACUUUGAUGACGACGACGACGACGAUGAUCUACUGACGGCCUUGCCCAGAAGUAGGCAACGUGAGCAGGAGAGUUUGAUGGACUUUCUGCGUAACAGCGAGCCCCCCAAGAGUGCAAAUACCUCCUCUCCCAUGUCUCCCGAUUCUCUGCGACAAGGCAACGGACCGGGAUCCUCUGGGCUCAAGACGUUUGGUCCCAACGGAGGCAGCCUUGGGCGGACAGGCCCGAUGCAAAGCGGAAAUGGUCCACAGUCGGCUGGGUUUGCCCGAAGCACUCGCCCUAUCGGCAUUACCACCACUGCUUCUGGCCCGAUCUCGAAACCUCCCUCCAACUUCUCAGCCCGAGAUCGCGACGCUAAUUAUACCGGGCCGGGUGGCACGAGAGACCUCGCUGACUUCUUCCGAGGUCCUGGACCGGCUCCGGGAUCUACUGAGUCCGACCCUCGGCAUGUACAGAGACGAGGCAGCAAAACGUCGUCAAUGGCCACGAGCAAAGCAAGCAUGACGAGCUCGUUGAAGAGGAGUAAAUUGAGCUUUCUCGGUGGCGGCAUGAGCAGCAUAUUUGGAAGAAAUGGAAGCCGAAAAGCCAUGAUUGACGCGUGAGGCAUCACAUUGAAAUAUUGAAUAUACGACGCGAAGGGACAAAUGUACGGCUUUGGCGUUCCAGUCCCGGAUGAGCAUGCGCGAAGCAUCAAACGCAAAGGCGCUUGGGGGGGGAGGAGGAGGAUACCUGUCUAUGAAUGAAUACCGGGCACCAGAACCAACAAUGAUACCAUCUAAUUUUUAUAUGUCUGCAGAUAGGAGAACGAGCGCGUUGCGACACAGGCACGGCCAGAUCAUUGUAUAUAGUUGUGUAAUCCGAUCAAGGUGUAAUAAUCCC